AUGUUAGAGGAGAAGGAAGUUUCGGAUAAAAUCAUCUAUGGAGGUCAAAAGAACAGAGAUAACCUUUUUGAGAAAUGGCAAAGACGAGAGGAAGAGGACGAGUUGGUGGUUCUCGUCGGAGUAGACGUAAUAAAGGCCUGGAGAAGUAGUAGAAUCAAGAGUUUGGCUGCUCAAGCUGAUGAGGUAGAAGAUGUAACAUCGCGACAUGAUGAGGUAGAAGAUGUAACACCGGAAGAUGGUGGUGUUGUGGAAGAAGAUAAGGGUAAUGACAAUGAGGCUGUUCAGGCUGAGAAGACAAUGUCUGAAGGUGAUAAAGAAGAUCCUGAGGUAGAGGAUGAUGAAGAAGCUUGUUUGACUGGACAAGAACAGAAAGAGGAUGAAGAAGAAGCUCACAAUAUGGUAGAAGAUGGAGUUCUCAAUGAGAAAGAGAACAAAGAAGAAGCUCUCAAUAUGGAAGAAGAUGGAGUUAGCAAUGCUCAAGAUGAUGAGAUUCCUUAUACUGAAGGAGUUCAGCUACCAGGGGAUGAAGUGAAAGAAAAAAAAUAA